AUGCCCCAACUAAACCCUAACCCCUGAUUUUUUAUCAUGCUAGCCUCGUGACUUACCUUCUCCCUGAUUAUCCAGCCUAAACUCCUAUCAUUCGUAUCUACCAACCCACCCUCCAACAAAACCCCCUCAACCGCACCCACCACUCCCUGAACCUGACCAUGAACCUAA